UUAGUGGGACUGGACAAUAUGAAUGGCAACAUGUAUUGUUCGACGUCUUCCCAAGAAAGCAGCAACUUUGCGGUUUCCAACUCCGGAGAGACUUCUUCUACUUCUCUUUCACCGGCUCUCUUUCAGACUUCACCGACACAGCCGUCGGUUGUUGUACCGGCUCAUGACGACGAUCUAGAGGAAGAAUAAGAAAACAACAUUGCGUCGAAAGAAGCGAACUGUUGAGCACCAGGAGUGGUGUGACAGGAGAGUGAGCUCUCCAUCCGGACCGGGCUGGAGAUGGGGGAUCCGGAGCCUCCAGAGUUUGGGUCCCUGGAGGAGGAGCUGGAGUACUGGAAGGAGCAGGCUGCCCAGCACCAGCAGAGUGCGGAGGAAGCCCAGGAGGAGCUGCAGGAGUUCCAGCAGAUGAGUCGGGACUACGAGGUGGAGCUGGAGACGGAGCUGAAACAGUGCGAGACGCGAAACCGAGAGCUCAUCGCAGCCAACAACCGCCUCAGGAUGGAGGUGGAAAACUACAAGGAGAAGUAUGAGACGCAGCACUCUGAGGCCUACCGACAGAUCUCCACCCUGGAGGGAGACCUGGCUGAGACCACGGCCGUCAGAGACCAGCUUCACAAAUACAUCAGAGAGCUGGAGCAGGCCAACGACGACCUGGAGAGGACCAAGAGGGCGACCAUCAUGUCACUGGAGGACUUCGAGCAGAGGAUGAACCAGGUGAUCGAGAGGAACGCCUUCCUGGAGAGCGAGCUGGACGAGAAGGAGAAUCUGCUGGAGUCCGUCCAGAGGCUGAAGGACGAGGCCAGAGACCUGAGACAGGAGCUCGCCGUGCAGCAGAAGCAGCAGGUUCAGGACAGGAAGCCGUCUCUCAGCGGUGCAGUCAAAGAGCCUUCCUCCUCCUCCUCCUCCUCCUCAUCCAUGGCUGGUCUGCCCACCCCACCCCUCACCCCUCCAGACAAAAGAGUGGAGGACAAACCCACGUCGUCGUCCUCCAGCCAGCCCGCCCCGUCAGUCAGCACGCCGUCCAGACCUCCAGCCGCCGCAGAGUCCUUCAGCACCCCGCUGCCCUCCAUCAGCAGAGGUGAAAGCCUCUCGGCGACUCCUCUCACCACGUCGGCGAGAAUCUCGGCUCUGAACAUCGUCGGAGAGCUGCUGAGAAAAGUCGGGAACCUGGAGUCGAAGCUGGCGUCGUGUCGGGAGUACGUCAACGAGCAGAAGCCGAACCGCAGAGGUCACGCUGGAGGACAGGGAGCGGCGCCGGGCCAGAACAGCUCCUCAGACACUCAUCCUACCAACGGCCUCUACAACAAGGGGUGAGCUGCCAGUCGUCGAGGAGACUUGUUGUUGUCCGGGCUGGUGAAGAGAUUAGACUUCGGAGCGGGACCCAAACUGCUGCUGUGAAAGUGUCCGACGGCGUCCACCUCGAUCCUCCUGCGAGCUGCUCGAUUCCGCCUGGACGUUUACCGGUACUGUGUGCUGCACAUCAUACGGACCUCUCACUGCGAGCUGCAGGGAUAAAACAGACGGACACUUUGAUACCGCCUCUUUGUUUUCUCGGCACUCGCACUUAGCUUGAACUAAUUUACCGGACUCAUGCUGCCUGUCGCCUCCUUCGUGUUUGUUUGCCAGGUGUUUUGCUUUUUCUUUUUUUUGUGUGUCUUUUUAUUUGUGCCCAAAAGCUGCGUCGACACUGAACAGGAGGUGAACUGUUGAGACAUCCUGAUCGCGUCUGUGCUUUCAGCGGUCAGAACCUGUGCAAUUAAACCAAAGUGAACAUCGGCUUCAUGUUCAGUUUGAACACGUUCAGAGUGUCGGAGUGGUGAACACUGGACGAACACUUUUACCUUCACGGAGGGUUUUUGUCUUUGAAAGCUUCAUUUAAGUGUUGAAGUUCAGUUUAGUCUUUUUUGUCGUCAUUAAACCUCGUCGUCUGUUGACGUUCUGCUUUCGUCCAGUGUGUCUCUGCAGGCGUAUUUGUUGAAUAACGCCUUGAUUUAAACGGGCUGGACUUUCGUUCCGUCCUCUGCGGCUUCAUUUCUCACCGGAAGCGUUUUUGUUUGUGUUUUUUGAAAGUUGACCUGAUGCUUUGUACCGUUCUUGUGUCUGACGUCCUGCCCGGCUCGAUCUGCUCUGUGCAGCACGAAGCUGCUUCUGUAAAGACUCGGGACAUAUUUUAAUAAUAAUUAAUAACUUUAGUUUUACAGCACUUUUCAAAAACCAAGUUACAAAGUGUUUCAUAAUAAAAAGUUAAGCACCAUCAGUUAAGGAAAGGAAGAAGAGAACUUCCUCUGGAUGGUCCAAGUUUGGAUGUAGUUCCUCUGACUUCAGUGUGUUCAUGUGGUUUUAAACAUGUUGACUGAUUCACGUAUUUAAGUGACAAGGAAAAUAAAUAUAUAUUUCACAAACAUGCAUGUGAGCAUCAGCCCAGUGUUUACUAUCGUCCACCAUGUUUUAGCAUCAUUGCUCUGACCUGAGGGGAUCGUGUGAAUUUUCCUCAUCAGGAAUACAUUUCUUUCUGCCACUUAUCCCAGAGAAAAUAU